GUCUUCCAGAACACAUGGCCAGCCACCCGCAAAAUGUUGUCGCGCCAGGACAACCAGCGUUCACUCAAGCAGCGAUGCCAGUUCUGUACGACGAGGCGUUCAAGUACAUGCGUGAGUCCUCAGUCGAGCUGCUCAAGACUUGGCAGCAGUCUUUCGUCACGUGUUCCGAAGAAAACGACGCUAGCGACCACCAGUACCUGGAAGUCGGCUGCGGGCCGGGCAACAUCACUCGCAACGAUCUCUUGCCCCUGUGUCCUCCGAGUUUAACGAGACUCGUCGGUACGGACAUCUCGGAGGCGAUGUUGGACUAUGCCAGGAAUGUGAACGCCCACCCGAAGGUCCAUUACCGACUGGACAUCACUGCCGACGACGUGUCUCGCUUCAUCGCCGAGGAGGGUCGCUUUCAGAGGGUCUACUCCUUCUUCGCACUUCACUGUAUACAGGACAAGGCCGCUGCAUUGAGGAACAUCGAGCGUCUGAUGACGCCCGGUGGCGAGUGCCUCAAAUAUCAU